UUUAUAUUUUCCGAGACAUUUUCUCUGCAACCAAACAUCUUCAAAUCCUAGGUAUUGCCAGGAUUCAUCUAACCCAGAAAAAAAAAAAAGACCAGACAAAAAGAAUCAAGAAUCAAGAAUCAAGAAUGGAGAAACAAGGGACCAUGUCGAGGAGCAUAAGCAGAAGCCUGAGCCGAGCGAACAAGACGCUCGAGGAAAUCUUCACGGCGAGCGGAUCGUCAAGACAAUACUCGAGGAGAAGCCAUUCGGCCGACCAAGACGAAGAAGCCUUGAAAUGGGCCGCCAUCGAGAGGCUCCCCACGUACUCUCGUCUUCGGACAACGAUCAUGCAACCGUUCAUGGAACGUAAUAGUAACAAUCUGCAUGCGAACCACGGCAAAGUGGUCGACGUCGCGAAGCUCGGCGUCGAUGAUCGUCAGAAGUUCAUCGAUACCAUCUUCAAGGUGGCUGAAGAGGACAACGAGAAGUUCUUGAAGAAGUUCAGGAAACGAAUCGAUCAGGUGGGAAUAAAGCUACCAACAGUGGAAGUGAGAUAUGAGAAUCUAACAAUAGAAGCAAACUGUCAUGUCGGAAGAAGAGCACUUCCGACACUCCCAAACGUUGCCCUAAACAUUGCAGAAUCAGCAAUUGGUAUGUUUGGUGUUAACUUAGCCAAAACCACUAAGCUCACCAUCCUCAAAGAUGUUUCUGGUAUUAUCAGACCAUCCAGAAUGACACUAUUGUUAGGUCCACCGUCAUCAGGGAAAACGACCCUUUUACUGGCCCUAGCAGGAAAAUUGGACCCAAGCUUAAAGGUGACGGGGAAAGUAACAUACAAUGGGCAUGGUCUUGAAGAGUUUGUACCACAGAAGACAUCAGCAUACAUAAGCCAAAAUGAUGUUCACGUUGGGAUCAUGACUGUCAAAGAAACUCUUGAUUUCUCUGCUAGAUGCCUAGGCGUCGGUACUCGAUACGAGUUGUUGAGUGAAUUAGCAAGAAGAGAGAAGGAUGCCGGAAUUAGGCCGGAGGCAGAAGUGGAUCUCUUCAUGAAGGCAUCUGCAGCCAAAGAUCUUGAGAGCAGCCUCAUCACUGACUACAUUCUCAAAAUAAUAGGGCUUGACAUAUGCAAAGACACGUUGGCUGGGGAUGAUAUGAUAAGAGGCAUUUCUGGUGGUCAAAAGAAAAGGCUCACAACAGGAGAAAUGGUGGUGGGGCCUGCAAAGACAUUGUUCAUGGACGAGAUAUCGACCGGUUUAGACAGUUCCACGACGUACCAGAUAGUGAGAUGUCUGCAGCAAAUGGCCCGUUUCAACGACGCGACGAUCCUCGUGUCGUUACUACAGCCGGCUCCCGAAACGUUCGAUCUCUUCGACGACAUCGUUCUCUUGUCCGAAGGUCAGAUCGUCUAUCAGGGCCCGCGUGAAAACGUUGUUCACUUCUUCCAGUCGUGCGGUUUUACAUGUCCCGACCGCAAGGGCACUGCCGAUUUCUUGCAAGAGGUUACUUCAAGAAAAGACCAAGAACAGUACUGGUCCGACAAGACGAAACCAUACAGAUACAUUCCCGUGUCCGAAUUCGCAGACCGGUUCAAACAUUUUCAUGUCGGAAUCAAUCUUUACAGAGACUUAUCGAUACCUUACAACAGGCUCAGAUCUCACCCGGCUUCUCUCGUCUACGAAAAAUACUCAGUUCCCAAACCUCAGCUCCUCAAAGCUUGUUGGGACAGAGAAUGGCUUCUCAUGAAACGAAAUUCGUUCGUCUACAUCUUCAAGACAGUUCAGAUCAUCAUCAUGGCCGCCGUUUCAUCGACCGUGUUCUUGAGAACCGAGAUGGACACGAGGAAUGAGAGCGACGGAUCUUUAUACGUCAGUGCAUUGCUUUUCUCCAUGAUCGUAAACAUGUUCAACGGUUUCGCCGAGCUUUCCUUGAUGAUUCAGAGACUUCCCGUGUUUUACAAGCAACGAGAUCUCCUGUUUCACCCUCCUUGGACUUUCACUCUCCCUACUUUUCUUCUGGGCAUUCCUAUCUCGGCCUUCGAAUCGAUCGUUUGGGUCACCGUAACUUAUUUCUCGAUCGGUUUCGCUCCGGAAGCCAGCAGGUUUUUUAAGCACUUGCUGGUAAUAUUCCUUACACAGCAAAUGGCAUCUGGUAUUUUCCGGUUCAUCGCUUCAACUUUCAGAACAAUGAUCAUGGCAAACACCGGAGGAUCUCUCGUUCUCCUCCUCCUCUUCUUGCUCGGCGGCUUCAUUAUUCCUCGAGGUGAGAUUCCAGUAUGGUGGAGAUGGGCUUUUUGGGUAUCGCCACUGAGUUACAGUUACAACGCUUUGACAGUGAACGAAAUGUUUGCUCCUAGAUGGAUGAACAAACAGGGUUCUGAUAACUCGACGAGGUUGGGAAUCGCGGUUUUAAAGAGCUUUGACGUUUUCACAAAUAGAAACUGGUAUUGGAUAGGUGUUGCAUCAGUUCUCGGGUUUGCGGUUCUCUUCAACAUCCUUUUCACCCUCGCCCUCGCCUUCUUAAACCCCAUCGGGAAGCCACAAGCAGUGAUUUCUGAAGAUACUGCAGAAGAAGCAGAGACCGAGAAGGGACGUUUGAAGUGGAAACCGGAUAUGUCAAGUAGAGCAUUUGAUUCUGAAUGUAACCGGGCCAAGAAAGGAAUGGUUCUCCCUUUUACUCCACUGGCAAUGUCAUUUGAUAGCGUUAACUACUACGUUGACAUGCCGCCGGAGAUGAAAGAGCAAGGAAUUGCAGAAGACAAGCUGCAACUGCUUAGGGAAGUGACAGGAGCAUUCAGGCCAGGAGUUUUGACUGCUUUAAUGGGUGUGAGCGGAGCCGGGAAGACGACUCUGAUGGAUGUUUUAGCGGGUAGAAAGACGGGUGGAUACAUCGAAGGAGAUAUCAGAAUUUCUGGUUACCCUAAAAAGCAAGAAACAUUUGCAAGAAUCUCCGGUUACUGCGAACAAAAUGACAUUCACUCACCACAAGUUACUGUCAGAGAAUCUCUUAUCUAUUCCGCCUUUCUCCGCCUCCCGAAAGAAGUUAGAAAAGACGAGAAGAUGAUGUUCGUGGAUGAAGUGAUGGAACUAGUAGAGCUAGAGAAUCUGAAGGACGCAAUAGUCGGGUUACCCGGGAUAACGGGGCUAUCGACUGAGCAGAGAAAGAGGCUAACCAUUGCAGUGGAACUGGUAGCUAAUCCUUCGAUAAUCUUCAUGGAUGAACCGACAUCAGGGCUUGAUGCAAGAGCAGCGGCAAUUGUAAUGAGGACAGUGAGGAACACAGUUGACACUGGAAGAACAGUUGUCUGCACGAUCCACCAGCCAAGCAUCGAUAUUUUCGAAGCAUUCGAUGAACUUUUACUGAUGAAGAGAGGAGGACAAGUGAUUUAUGCAGGUCCUUUGGGCCGAAACUCACACAAGAUCAUAGAAUACUUCGAGGACAUUCAUGGAGUUCCAAAGAUUAAGGAGAAAUACAACCCGGCGACAUGGAUGCUAGAAGUGAGCUCAGUAGCUGCAGAAGUCAAACUCGGGAUAGAUUUCGCCGAGCAUUACAAAACAACAUCCUUGUAUAGACGAAACAAAGAACUGGCGAAGGAAUUAAGCACGCCGCCACAGGGAGCGAAAGAUUUACAUUUCACGGCGCGAUACUCGCAAUCGGCAUGGGGGCAAUUCAGAUCUUGCUUGUGGAAACAGUGGAAGACUUACUGGAGGAGUCCUGACUACAACCUAGUCAGAUUCUUCUUCACAUUAGUUGCUUCCCUCAUGCUCGGCACGAUUUUCUGGAAAGUGGGAACGAAAAGGGACAACGUUGGUGAUCUUAACAUGAUCAUUGGAGCAAUGUAUGCUGCAGUUUUAUUCGUCGGGGUUAACAACUGCUCGACGGUCCAACCGAUCGUAUCCGUUGAACGAACGGUGUUCUACAGAGAACGAGCUGCCGGAAUGUAUUCCGCCUUGCCUUACGCCUUGUCGCAGGUCGUAUGUGAAGUACCGUACGUACUAAUCCAAACGACGUAUUUUACGCUAAUCGUGUACGCGAUGGUGAGCUUUGAAUGGACAGCGGCGAAAUUCUUCUGGUUCUACUUCGUUUCCUUCUUCUCCUUCCUCUAUUUCACGUACUACGGGAUGAUGACGGUCUCCAUCACUCCGAACCUGCAAGUUGCAGCCAUAUUCGCCGCAGCGUUUUACGGCGUUUUUAACCUAUUCUCCGGUUUCUUCAUCCCUAGACCGAAAAUUCCCAAGUGGUGGAUUUGGUACUACUGGAUCUGUCCGGUGGCUUGGACGGUGUACGGGCUGAUCGUGUCUCAGUACGGUGACGUGGAAGAUAGGAUCCGGGUUACGGGUAUGGAUCGUGACCCGACAAUCAAAUGGUACAUCGAAAACCAUUUCGGGUAUGACCCGGAUUUCAUGGGUCCUAUCGCUGCCGUCUUGGUUGGCUUCUCCGUCUUCUUUGCUUUCAUGUUCGCUUUCUGCAUACGGACGCUAAACUUCCAACAGAGAUAGAGGGUUUGACCAGUUUUAUCCCCCUGUGCCAACUGAGCCAAAAGAGGGUUACAUUGAUUUGGGUGUCCAUGUUUUUGUCUUUGUUAUACCAUAUAAAUAUAAUACGUUAUGAUGACGAUUAUUUGUAUAUUUCUGUUGCGAAAUUAUGUGUAACACAAAGCUUGUUAGAGCUGCAAUCGCAUAUUUUAAUGUCAUUAUAAAAAUUUUAGCUUU